AUGGGCAACAAAUCCAAAUUUACCUUCCCAAUCCCGGGGCGGAAGGCAAAACCUCCAACGGAUCCACAAGUCAGUGCAGUGCCACUCACAAAAGCACAAAAGAUUCUGGGGACUGGCGGCGGCAUCAAUACUGCCUCGACAGCGUCUCUCCAUCCAGGCUCGGCCAAACCCCAACAUUGGGAUUCAAGAUCGGGCAUCAGCAUCGCAGUAUCUGAGAGUACAGCGAGCUUUGCCGACACAGGUCUGAAUGUUCUUGAUGAGGAAGAUGAGUUUGACCCUGGGAGAUAUAGGUCGAAUGGGUGGGAUGCUGAGUCCGACAUCAUCCCGCGUCAGCCCGUCGGCGGACACGGCUUGAGAAUGCAGAGGUCGGCUGCCACCAUUGGUAAUGAUUACAGGACAGAGGCCUCGAGCAUGAAGCGACGUGAGUCGAUUGCUUCGACAAUCUAUAGCCAUUACGACAGGAGCAAAGUUCCCUUGUCCAUUUCGCAGCAGACUUCGAAUUCGGCCAUGGCCAAAGGAUUCGCCAGCAAGGCCAACUCGUUACUCGACAUGGACGGGAGUCUCGCGGGCCCGGCGAUCGCAAAAAAGAAGCCAUCCCGACUAGAUCUGUCCAAACUCAAGCCGCGGAGUCGCAAGGACCAAAAUGCCCAGCCUGCUGCCAAUGUUCUCGGCCACGGCUACGUGAACAGAUCCCCAUCAUUCAUUUCCCAAUUUUCAUCUUCUCAUAAUGUCUCAAAGAAGGUCGGAGCGUCGCCAUCGGCAACCAGCACACGUACCUUUGAUAGCCCCAAGGGUGUACAGGACUCGACCACCUUGUCCCAGUUAUACGAUCAUUAUGAGCAGAUGACCUUCCGCGAGGAUGAUGAUCUCUCAGGAGAGGAUGAAUUCCCAGACCGACCGCGCUUUGACUCGGUCGCUGAGGAACCGACACCUCCUCUCACCACGUCAUCAACCAUUUCCUUGGUCACGCCGCUCUCGAAUCCGGCGGUUCGUGAUACAAACCAUCGUUUGGACCAUGCCAGGAAAAACUCGACUGGAAGUCGAAACACGACCACAUCAAACACUCCUAAUAUCUCUCAAUCUCACCAACUUUUACCCGGAAGAGACUAUGCGUCAAGUAUCUCCAGUCGCAACACCAGGAACUCGAAAACGUCGAAGACCUCGAAGACCUCACGAACUCUUGAAUCGGAUCUGCAAACAAACAGCGUCUUGUCACUAUCAGAUUCCGACUCAGACGAUGGUACUUUUAGUGAUUCAGCGCCCAAGUCAUCAAUGUCUUCGCACACGAACAUAUCUCAUGAAGAUCUCGCUGCUCUGUCCGAUGCACGAAAAGGAAUGCCCAAGCGACCACCAGUGCCCCAGGAGAGAACCUCGAGCCGUCAACAGAAGCAUGGAAACUUUGCGACUCUCAAUGACUACCUUGCCGUCCCCGCCUCGGCUGGAAAAGGUCACAAUGCCCGAAUUCCUUCAAGUAGCACAGUGCGAUCUUCUUCGACAGCGAGCACAGAAACGACAGCCAGAUACACGGCUUCUGAAACCGGUCGAUUAUCGCGUCUCUCAGUGUCAACGGCAGGGACCUCAGACUCCCAUCACAGUUCGAUUUCGGGCAAGAAGACACUAAAGUCGCAAUGGAGUCAGCAUACUGGAGCUGACGCCAAGGCUGUUACAGCCAGGCCCUUGGCUUCCACUGCUGAAGCUCUAGAUUCCCUCAGGGAACUGACAGCACAGGCUACAGAUAAGCACCGCCGCUCAUUUAGCUCUGACCAGUCAGAGUCGCCAGUAUCACCGUCGAGCGGAGCUUCGUACAAUGGUGGCAAGGAUUCCACCCGUGACGAAGGCGCCGACUCUCACAAUGGACGAUAUAUGGCCGUGACUAAACAGGAAGAGGCACUGCUUGCAGCUCUGAGGCACAAGAGAGCCAUGAUGCGGGAAGAUAUCCUUGCAGAAUUGGAUGGCGAUAGAAGCAGCGUCGGUAGUCGCCGUCGUAGCAGUGCCAGCAGUGGCGGCCGCGACAGCCAGCUACAAAGCUUGAGAUCAUCGAAGCAAACGAGCACUCGGAUCACAUCAUGUGCUCCUCAACUACCCCCAUAUCAACCAAGAAACUCUUCCCUUGUUUCCAGCUUCAAGAACCUCACAGAACGAAAAGACAGUGUGCGCAGGACAGACAACAACGUACGAUUUGCAGACGAACCUCAAAGCCUUAGUCACGAUGAUCCGAUUGAGAAGCGUUCUAGCUCAGCAAUGAGUAAUGCUACUAUUAAAGGCAACGCUGCCGGGCGGCACGAACGUGUGCUGCUGUUUCUCGAUCGUCCUGUCUAUGACAUCGAUUCUAUUGACACGGCAGAGCCAAGCCCGGACCUGAGCGAGUUCAUGGAUUAUGACCAGGACAGCGAUGGCGAGAUCAUCCCAGAAAGCCGUCGCAGCAGGAGGAUCUCGAAGCAUACCAGUGCACACGGAUUCCCAACCCCAGCACAAAGACGUGCUGAUCGGCCUAGAGCAGACUCAAAUUUGCUUGGCACCCGUGGUUCCAGUCUGCGAAGACAGCUGGAGAAUCUGCCAGAGUCGAAUCUGGAGAACGAUGAGGAGGAUGACAUUGACUUUGACGGAUUUUCUGAUGUCAUGGGCCCUCCGCCAUCGGAGGUUUCGGACAGAAGAGAACGGGUUACUGCGAGACCUGAUAGUCCCGUUCAACAGCACCUUGCAAAGACGCAAAUCAAGGGCCACGUUCGAGGCAAGAGCAGCGCGGUGCGGCUGAGCGCUGUUGGCAACGCUGAUCUAUACUUGCCGCCCGAGGUUGGGCUGUGGGGUGAUGAUGGUUGA